AUGAAUAUUCAAGAUAGAAAUGAGAAGCAAAACGUGAGGUGUGAUGGUAAAGGGAAAGACAGAUCUUCGCCCAUGGGAAUAGGGAAAAUGAUUCUGAUUCUUUAUUGGUUGCCUGUGAAAUUGGAUGCGAGAGAGUUCUACGGGAAAAUGCUAAAAAAUUGUCUUGUUGGAGAAGUUGCUGAUGUGGCAAAUUCACAUCAUUCGUACAAAGAGUGUAGGCGCAACCACGCAGCCCAUCUCGGUCGCCAAGCCAUUGAUGGAUGCAGCGAGUUCUCGAAGAGUGGGAACGACGGAACACCAGAAGCUUUGCUUUGCGCCGCCUGUGGGUGUCAUCGGAAUUUUCAUCGCAAGGAGGAGCAGCCACUCUCCCGCCGUCAAGAAUUAAGGCACUACCUCUUUCGUUACCUUUCUGAAGCCGCUGCCGCUGGCCCUCCACCGCCGCCACCACCACCUCGUGCUUUAGAUCAUGCAAGACCAAACGAUGUAAGAUCUGAAAGGCUCGGCGAAGAGAAAACUGAGGAUGGAACCCAAACUUGA